AUGGCCCCUCCCAACGACAACCCCAACGGCUACUACGUCGAAUCCUUCCCCGCCCCCGGCCUCCGCCAAAUUGUCCGACACAUCACCGGCCUCAAUGAACAAGGCGACUCUGUCUUUUUGCACUCCGACCACGGCGACCACCACCGCUUCAUGGUCCAGAACCAAGCCAUCUCCAACUUACUCUACUCCACGCAGGAGACACCGGUUGAUCUGAACAAUAAUGUUGAUAUCCAGAAGGCUAAGGAGAAGGAGGUUUUGCGCAUGAUCGACUUCGGCCCGGGCGUCGAGUCGCCCCUGCACCGCGCCAUGACGAUUGACUACGGCAUCAUUGUCGAGGGCGUGUUUGAGUUGAUUCUGGACUCAGGCGAGAAGCGCAUCAUGCGCCAGGGAGAUGUGAGCGUGCAGAGAGCAACGGCGCACAAGUGGGUAAAUGUAACUGGGAACGGCACGCUGCCGGGGAGGGUGAUGUGGGUUCUGCUGGACUGUAAGGAGGUGGUGGAUGCGAAGGGGGAGAAGGUGGAGGGGUAUUUGGGGAGUUUGAAGGAGCAUUAUGAGGGGCGGUAG